AUGAGUGCUGUGUCUUGUAAUAUAUUCAAUAAACGAGAAGACGAUUUUCCUUCCUUGAGAGAAUACAAUGAUUACUUGGAGGAAGUAGAGGAUAUGACGUUUAACUUGAUCGAAGGAAUAGAUGUCCCUGCUAUCGAAGCCAAAAUUGCACAGUACCAGGAAGAAAAUGCUGAACAAAUAAUGAUUAAUAGAGCCCGCAAGGCUGAAGAACUAGCCGCAGCUCUAGCAGCAAGCAAGGGUCAACCUGUACAAAAUGAUACUGAUUUCGCACUGAACCAAGGCUCUCAAGCAGGAUUUGGUACUAGCAUGCAGGGGCAAUAUGCACCUACAAUUUCGGGUCAACCUCGACCUUUGGGCAUGGGCGGCCCCCAACCACUGCCACUCGGAGGGAUGCAUGAUAUGCAUGGAUAUGAUGAUGAAGAAAUGAUGCAGCUGCGAGCAGAGAGAGGUCCGAGGGCAGGAGGAUGGAGUCCAAAGAUAAGCAGGAAGAGGGCCCUUGAAGAAGCCUUCAGUAGCAUUUGGGUUUCAUAGGAUCAGGGUUUCUUAAUGACGGUAAUGUAUUAUGUAUAUGGCUGAGUUAUUUAUUCAUUCGUGAGGAAAAAUUUGUUUUGACAGAUUUUUGACAUGCGGGGAGGUUUAAUUUGAUAUCGCCUAAAGUUAUGACGAUCAAAUAUUGUAGAAUUAUUCAUGUACCAGGAAGUCAGGAAUGAUUGAGGGCCACAAGGAGAGAAAGAAGUCUUUUUCAUAAAAGUUUAGAAUUACAGC